AACCCCCAAAUCCCUCCCGCUCUCUCUCUCAUCUCUACGCCGCCGCUCACCAAAACCUCCAGACCUCCCUCAACCCCGACGGAUCCCUCUCCCGCCGCGCCGAGAUCCUCCUCAUCCCCCCUCCUCCUCCAUCUCCACCGCCGGCGUUGCCCUCUCCAGGUUUCUCUUUGUGUUAGGAGGUUGGUUUAUACCAAUGAUCAGGGAGAGAUUGUUAAGGGGGUUUGCUCAAAUUUCAUAUGUGACAUGAAGCCGGGAGCUGAAGUGAAGAUUACAGGACCGGUUGGGAAAGAAAUGCUUAUGCCCAAAGAUCCAAAUGCAACUAUUAUAAUGCUUGCAACAGGAACCGGAAUUGCUCCAUUCCGUAGUUUCUUAUGGAAAAUGUUCUUUGAGAAGCAUGAUGAUUACAAGUUCAAUGGAUUGACAUGGCUCUUCUUGGGAGUUCCCACAAGUAGCUCAUUGCUCUACAAGGAGAGCUGAGUGUCUCAUGGCAAGAUCUUGAGUUAAUUGCUGACCCAGACAAUACUGAUGCUUUAAAAGUGAGGAUUCUUGUCAUGGAGGUAUCUAUUGUAUUCAUCAUGCAUACUUUUUUUCAAUGGUUUUUUUUAUGCUAUGUAACUUUUGAGUAAUGAGAUGAACUUGGUAAAGAGAAGAUUACCUCCAUAUGUUUAGUGGUUUCACGUGUUUUAUUGCCAAAUUUGUAAUUGCACAUACUUUCUUAUGAUCGAUAUUGUUUAUAUUGAUGUUGAUAGAAAGAUAAUUGUGUGCCUUUCUGAUAAUGAUGCACCUUACUUAUUUCUUGGUAGAACUGUAAUUGCCAGUCACUUGAAGAUUAUUGAAAAUAACCAUUGAGUUAAUAACUGAUGGUUGCUGGCGUUUGUGAAUAUGCCUUAUUCUUUAUUAUAGUUGUAGAUUCAUAUCGUGCUCUCCCAUUGAGGAGUUGCAUCUUUGUUAUGCAUGCUCCCUAAAUCGACGAUGCUCCCUAGAGUUUUGUAUUUCAUGGCAUGGACUAAUUGAUGUUGCAUUUCAUAUUUUCUGUUCGUUAAUUUUGUGGGCUUGAUUUGCUUUCUAGAGGGUGUAGCUGGGAUCUUUGUCUGUAAGCAAGGGAAAGG